AUGACCCCUCCAACUGGUAAACGACCUGCAGCAUCAAGCACCAGGAGUAAGGCGUGUCAGGAAUGUCGCUCCGCAAAAGUAAAGUGCGGUGACCAACGACCCAAAUGCUGUCGUUGCGUCAAAAACGGUUACAAAUGCCAAUACCCAGAUCCUCUCGAAGUCAACUUUCGCAGCGAAAACGACAAGGCCGCCGCGCGCGCUGAAUCGUUAUGGCGCCAGAGGUCGACUGUUCUUACAGAAGGGCGGAAUGACUCUCCGCGUUCCAAACCUAGUAGACGAAAAGCCUCGCCAUCGCACACGACUAUAAGUCGGGGCGGUUCCAGCAAUGCUUCAUCAUCAUCAUCAUCAUCAUCAUCACCAUCAUCGAUCAAUGGAUCUCCACGAACUCAUCGUGAGAUUGAAAAUGAUAUUCGACAGGACGCUGUCACGAGAUUCUUCCGAGAUUUCGGGUGCACGUCGAAAAUGAGGACGCCCUGGCUAGACUUUUUCCGCAUGUUGCCUACAUUCUAUAAAAAGCCAUCGGGCGACAAUUCACCUAUUGUGAAUAUUAUUCUAGCUGUAUCGUUAGCGUAUCUGAGUCGCGAUGGCUCAUAUCCGGGGUGCGAAAUCAUGGCUCGCACAGAAUACUGCGAAGCCAUUGUCAAAAUCAACGCGCACCUGCAGCAGCAGCAAACCCAAGUCCCCAUUAACGAGUUACUCGCUUCAAUCUCGCUAAUGGAAUUUUUCGAAUCGUUGAUGCCGAGUGCAACUGAUUCGGGCACCGGGAAGAAGUAUUUCACGCAUCUCCGUGGCGCAGUUGCCAUGGUUCGAAUGAUUGAGAUGCAGCCUAUGGAUAGAUCGCAUUUUGAUCCGAGAGUGGUUAAUACUAUUUAUUUCCAGACUAUCAUCACCUGUAUACGAAAUCGGAUGCGUCCGCCAUUGUCGAUUCUAAGCUGGAAUGUGCAGACUAAUAGCGCACUGCCGCGGAACCCUGGAGCGCUCAUAUUGCAUUUGAUGUACCAGGCGGCCUGUUGGCAGGCAGAUAUGGACACCGCAAUAGCCAACGCCAGCAUUGACCCAUGUCAAGCCGAAGCCCAAAUCAUCGAAACGCUUGCCACGCUACGCAACGCCGACAUUCGUAUCUUGCGAUGGGAGUCUACCCUCCCACUGCAUCUCGUGUUUAAUAUCAGAGACAUCAACGACCAAGGCGAUGAAUACCCCCUGAGUCGUAACCACGUUCUUUUGAGUCUUCCAGGCGCACCCCGGAAUAUAUACAGCUUCCAAUCCUGCUGGACCACCAGUCCCCGAGUCCUCGCCUUCGUCGUCCGCGCUGUCCUGCACAGCAACAUUGUCAAAUGCUGUACCUGGAUAAUAAGCCAAUUACAAUCUCAAUACCAAUAUGGUUCCCAACCCCAAUCUCAAGCUUCGGCCGAAGACUGGCUAUUCCAAAGCCACAUCUCGCGCAACGUCAUAAUCGACAUGAUCGAGCAAAUAUCGUCUAGUGUAAAUUCUUUGCUUAUGGACCCCUUUAUUACGCCCCAGCAGGUAUCUGAGAAACAACGACGGGAGUGUGAAAACGAGAAUGAUAUGGGCAAGAGCAUGCGGUUGAUGGGUCUACCGUGGCCAUUGUCCGUAGCGACCACGGCGUUGGCGGAUGAGUAUGUCCUCGCUGGUGUGGGAGAGAAGCGGGCGAGGUGGUUAAGGGUUGUGUUGGAUUAUGUGCAUGAGCAUGUUGGUGUGUCUCCUUUACCUCCUAAAUGGGUUGUGUUUGUUUGUGUGUUUGCUAAUGGGUUUUGUGGUAGGGAUUCGUCAUCCGGCGUUGAGGGAACCUUCGCCGCAGAUUGGGGUCAUUAA